UAUUCAUCUUUUAACUUACUUUAUGUAUUUGGCGUUGCUAGCAAUGAUCAGUAUGCAACUAUGAGAGCUGUUACAAUUUCCUUAUUUGCAUUUCUUCUUGUCACCGCAGCUACUGUUAUUAGCUUUUGUGAUGGGAAGUCCAAUGUGCUUUGCAUUGAAAGUGAGAGACAAGCCCUUUUGAAGUUCAAGCAUGAUCUCAUUGAUCAUUCCAACAGGCUAUCUUCUUGGUUUGAAGGUGAUCAUGAGGAUUGCUGUAACUGGGUUGGUGUUCUUUGCGACAACAAGACUGGCCAUGUCAAUCAGCUGCAUUUGGGGCGUCUGAUGCCUGAAGAUUAUGCCACAAAUGCUGUAAGGGAAGUUUACGAUCGGUCAAAGCUAGGAGGCAAAAUAAAUCCUUCUUUGCUCGAUUUGAAACAUCUCAGUUUCCUAGACUUAAGCAAUAACGAUUUUGGGGGCAUGCAGAUUCCCCAGUUCAUCGGUUCGUUAAAGAGUUUAACAUAUCUUAACCUCUCUUGGGCAAAUUUUCGAGGAGCAAUUCCCCAUGAGCUUGGAAAUCUCUCGAAGUUGCAUUAUCUUGAUCUUGGAUACAAUUCCCAAUUAGAAGCUAAAACCCUUCAAUGGGUUUCUAGCCUUCCUUCUCGGCAUCAUCUCGAUUUGAGUUAUGUGAAUCUUAGUAAAGCAACUGAUUGGCUGCAGGUAACGAACAAACUUCCUUAUUUGGUAGAGCUGCAUUUGUUACGUUGCAAUCUAAAUAAUGAUCCAUCUCCAGUUAGUGUUAAUUAUACAUCCCUUGCUGUUCUUGAUCUUUCAUCGAACACGUUGUCUUCAGUACCUACAUGGAUAUUCAGUCUUCGUAGUCUUGCGUCCCUUGAUCUUAAUUGGAACAGUUUGAAUGAAUUCUCUUUAUCGUCGAUACCCAGCGGGCUGUCUAAUUUAAGCCAUCUUCAAUUCCUUGGCCUUAGGGGAAUUGGCCUGCAAGAUAAUAUUUGGAGUGCCAUUGGAAAGUUGAGCUCUGUUACUCAUCUUGAUCUUUCAUAUAACCAGCUUGAAGGAACAAUGUCCCAAUGUUUGAAAAGUCUUCGCAAAUUAAGGGAGAUGGAUUUGUCAAACAACAAAAUAGAUGAAAAGCUAUCAAAAAUCUUACAAAGUUUUCCUAGAUGUAACUUGGAACUUGAGUCAUUGAGUCUGCAAUCUAACAAACUUUCUGGCCAUUUAACUGAUGAACUUGGAAAAUUUAAAAAUCUAGCAUACCUCUCCCUCGGAGGAAACUCCAUUUCUGCUCCCAUUCCAUCCUCAAUAGGGAUGCUGUCAUCCUUGAAACUUCUUGAUGUUUCAGGCAAUCAAUUAACUGGACCUCUUCCUCAAAGUUUAGGACAGCUUGGGAAUUUAGAAAUUUUAGAUGUUAGUAAUAAUAUGUUGGAAGGAGAUGUAUCAGAAAUGCACUUUUCUAAUCUCACCCGAUUAGCAUCCAAUAGUAUGUUGAAACCAAACCCAAGUUGGAUUCCUCCUUUUAGCUGUGAAGUUAUUGAAUUGGGUAAGUGGGAUCUUGGCCCACAAUUUCCUCAGUGGCUACUUACAGGUGUCAUUCCCACUUGGUUUUGGAACCUUUCUUCUCAAAUGGAAAAUUUAAAUCUUUCUCAUAACCAACUUACCGAGGAAGUUACAUAUUUGCCCAUCAGUCAAUCGGUUGACUUAAGUUCCAACCAAUUUAAUGGUCCAUUGCCACGACUGUUUCCAAAUUUACACUUUUUUUUUUUGUCUAAAAAUUUAUUUUCAGGAACCCUUUCUGAUUUUCUUUGUAAUUCUUCAACUAAACUGCAACCUAUCAUUCUUGGCAUUGAAUCAAACCUUCUGUCAGGUGAAAUUCCUGAUUGUAGGGAAAAUUGGCAAUAUUUAGAGGUCUUAAAGUUAGGAAACAACAUUCUAACUGGGAAAAUUCCUAGAUCCUUGGGAUCUAUGCGUUUUAUUAACUCACUAAACCUCAGGAACAAUAGCCUGUUUGGAGAAUUACCGUCCGCAUUGCAAAAUUUUGCUGAUUUGAUGAUUCUUGAUCUUAGUGAAAAUCAGUUCACUGGAAGUAUACCGGCAUGGAUGGGAGACAAGCUCUCACAACUUGUGGUUCUAAACCUCCGUUCAAAUAAAUUCCACGGCCAAAUUCCUGACAAACUUUGUGCUCUUCAUUCUCUUCAGAUCUUGGACCUUGCUUCUAACAACAUUUCAGGAGCUAUUCCAAAAUGUUUUAGUAACCUAAGGGCCAUGGCCACGAAAAACAAAAAUGAAUACGUGGCUGCAUGGUCUUGGGGAACCUACACUAGAAGCAAAUUUAUUUAUGAUGCAUUGCUGGUUAUGAAAGGAAGAGAGGAUGAAUACAGUACCACACUAGGACUUGUUACCAGCAUAGACCUUUCAGCUAACAGUCUUAAAGGAGAGAUCUCCAAAGAAUUUGGAAAUCUUGUGGGGCUGCUGUCAUUAAAUUUGUCAGGAAAUCUCCUAACGGGUAAGAUACCAGAGAACAUCGGCAACAUGGAAUCAUUGGAAUCUCUUGACCUGUCGAUGAACCGACUCUAUGGUGAAAUCCCUUCAAGUUUGUCCGGUUUGCAUUUCUUGAAUCACCUGAACUUGUCACACAACAACUUAUCAGGACAAAUCCCAUCAAGCACCCAACUCCAAAGCUUUGACAGGUUUUCUUAUAUCGGCAAUCAUCUCUGUGGACCUCCUGUUACUAAAAACUGCAGUGCAAAUGGCGGAACAACUAAUGUUACAAAUGGAGGUAGAAGUGAUGGGCCUAAGGUGAAUGGGCUUUACGUGAGCAUAGUGCUAGGAUUUGUGAUGGGGUUUUGGGGUGUAGUGGCUCCCCUGUUUUUCAUCAAGUCUUGGAGGUGUGCUUACUAUCGAAAACUGGAGGAUGGUGGCCGUAAGCUGUACGUGUUUUGGGCGACUAUGGGUAUGCAAUUACUUGUACCGCAAGAAGCUCACAUUUGGGUCUGUUUGGUAAUGUAAUAGCUAGAUUUGUGUGCUCUUUACUUGUCCCAUGUUUCCAUUUUGAUGAGAGAAUAAAAGUGGUGUUUCAAGUUAUAGUUUACUGAAAAUAGAUGUAACUGUG